AUGAAUAGUCUCAAAAAUGUAUUGUCGCCGCUGUCCAUGAAUGCUGGCGCUAUCCAAGAUACACUUAAACUCGUUGUAAUUGGGGGUACAGUCGAGACGGCGAGGCGAGCUAGUAUGUCUGCGUGGAACGGUUUCGUUGACUCCUUUUUCCUCACUGCUCACUUCAGUCAAGAAGAUUAUCCUUACGACUGGUUGAUGCACUGGCUUUCUAAACAACCUGCCUGGGGCCGCAGCAGGGAGUUUGAGAUUACCACUCGUUCUGUAGGUAGACACGGUCUUACCCAAACCACUACCGGGGACUUAGAGGAAGAGGAGGAGGAUGACGACGACGAUGCGUUGAUUCAUGGAAGGAAAAAACGUAAAGUGGCGUUCAUGCCUAGCGUCGAUACCACACACACCAUUUAUUAUCGGGGUCAUUGGCUAAGAAUAACUAGGUCUAAAAGGUAUCCUGAUUAUGGCCACAGUGGUUCAUUAAAGAUCAGUGUCGUGGCGCGUAACAAUGACAUUCUCAAGAAACUCGUCCUUGAAGCCAAGCGUGAUUACGAAAAGGAUGCUGAGCACCGCGUUCAUAUAUUCAUGGCCGAUACAACCUACGGCUGUUGGAGAUGGAACGGCGCCCGCCAAAAGCGGCCAAUGAGUUCGAUUGUCCUGCAACCGGGUGUGAAGGACAUGCUUUUAGCCGACUGUAAAGAUUUUCUGUGUUCAGAGGAGUGGUAUGCGGAACGAGGCAUCCCAUUCCGAAGAGGUUAUCUUCUUCACGGAGUUCCUGGAAGUGGCAAAACUUCUCUCAUCCAUUCACUCGCCGGUGAACUUGGGCUUGACAUUUAUGUUGUGUCAUUGUCUUCCAAAGGAAUGAGCGACAAUACUUUGACAACCUUGAUGGGGAAUGUGCCUUCGAGGUGUAUAUUGCUUUUGGAGGAUCUCGAUGCUGCUUUCACACGUUCAGUCAGUCGUGAUUCAACGUCUACAGGGACACCGAAAGAGGCCACAGCAUCCACCGGCGCCACUGAAACCACUGACGGAUCAACAUUAUCUUUGUCGGGGCUUUUGAACAGUUUGGAUGGAGUUGCGGCUGCAGAAGGACGACUUUUGUUUGCAACUACAAACCACAUUGAGCGUUUGGAUCCGGCUUUGAGUCGACCGGGCCGUAUGGAUGUGUGGGUUAAUUUUACUCAUGCCACCAAAUGGCAAGCAGAGGGAAUCUUCAAGUGCUUCUUCCCCUCACAGCCUGCGAAUCCCGUAGCUUCAAAUUCUUCCGCCUCUUCAUCUUCUAGCUCCGUUGCAACUGUCACGGAUGCUUCACAAACGAACCUCCCUAUAACAAGGCGUAAAUCCGCACAUUCAAUUCCUCUGCUGACUGAGGAGGAGAUAUGCACCCUUGCUAAGGCGUUCGCAGAUGCCAUUCCUGAGGAUGAGUUGAGUGUUGCUGCUCUGCAAGGCUAUCUCCUUAAAAACAAGACCAGACCACGAGAAUGUGUCGAAGAGGUAGCAGAGUGGGUCAUUCAAGAGCGUUUGACCAGAGAGAAGCUCAAGAAGGAGAAGGCCGAGAAGGAGGCCAAGGAGAAGAAAGAGGCUGAAGAGAAGGAAAAGAAAGAGAAGGAGGAGAAGGAAGCCAAAGAGAAAGAGGAAAAGGAAGCCAAAGAGAAAGAGGAAAAGGAAGCUAAAGAGAAAGAGGAGAAAGAGAAGGAAGCCAAAGAGAAACUUGAGCGUAAAGAAUCACGUUCUAAGAUGAAGAAGGCGCGUUCCGACGUCGCUGCAGCACAGGGUGAUUCUUCAAUACCCCUUGAGUCCUCAUCAAACAAUUCAACAUCCGCUUCUGGGGCUUCAGAACUCUCUGCAAAUGAAUCUUCAAGCUCAGAGUCAGAGAACAGCACAGGCAUCGAUGCAGACACUGAAGAAAGCGUGACGUCUGAAGAAGAGUCAGAUAAGGAUGGAUCAGUUGCAGUCAAGGAUGAGACUCAGAAGGAGAAAUGGGUUACUGUCUCCCCUCCUCCAUCUACUGCAUCUCCUACAACUUCCGACACAGAGGUCAUCUCCUCCUGA